CACCCACCCGCCGAGCGCAACGCAGUCCAGUGGCGGAGUCGGGCCUGCAGCACCCUCAGAGCGCCGCAGCCCGGCCCGAGCUUCUAGCUCCUCGCUCGCUCGCUCGCCCACCCUGCAGCCCGCGCCACGCACCAUGGCGGGGAUCGCGGCCAAGCUGGUGAAGGACAGGGAGGCUGCCGAGGGGCUGGGGUCGCACGAGAAGGCCAUCAAAUACCUCAACCAGGACUACGAGGUGCUUCGGGACCAGUGUUUGGAGGCCGGGGCGCUCUUCCAGGACCCCUCCUUCCCGGCCAUCCCGUCUUCCCUGGGCUUCAAGGAGUUGGGACCCCACUCCAGCAAGACUCGGGGCAUCGAGUGGAAGCGGCCCACGGAGCUCUGCGACGACCCCCAAUUUAUCGUUGGAGGAGCAACCCGCACAGACAUCUGCCAGGGAGCCCUCGGUGACUGCUGGCUGCUGGCAGCCAUUGCCUCCCUCACCCUGAAUGAAGAAGUACUGGCUCGAGUCGUCCCCCCCGACCAGAGCUUCCAGGAAAACUAUGCAGGGAUCUUCCACUUCCAGUUCUGGCAGUACGGCGAGUGGGUGGACGUGGUGAUCGAUGACAGGCUGCCCACCAAGGACGGGGAGCUGCUCUUCGUGCAUUCCGCAGAGGGGAGUGAGUUCUGGAGCGCCCUGCUGGAGAAGGCCUACGCCAAGGUGAACGGGUGUUAUGAGGCGCUCUCUGGGGGUGCCACCACAGAGGGCUUUGAGGACUUCACCGGAGGCAUCGCGGAGUGGUACGAGCUGAGGAAAGCCCCUCCUAACCUGUUCAAGAUCAUCCAGAAGGCUCUGCAGAAAGGCUCUCUCCUGGGCUGCUCCAUCGAUAUCACCAGCGCUGCGGACUCGGAGGCCGUCACCUUCCAGAAGCUGGUGAAGGGGCACGCGUACUCGGUCACCGGGGCCGAGGAGGUCGAGAGCAGAGGAAGCCUGCAGAAGCUGAUCCGCAUCCGCAACCCCUGGGGAGAGGUGGAGUGGACCGGAAAGUGGAGUGACAACUGCCCAAACUGGAACACCAUAGACCCAGAAGUGAGGGAGGGGCUGACCAGGCGGCAUGAAGAUGGGGAGUUCUGGAUGUCUUUCGAGGACUUCCUGCGACACUACUCUCGCCUGGAAAUCUGCAACCUGACCCCCGACACCCUCACCAGUGACUCCUACAAGAAGUGGAAGCUCACCAAGAUGGAUGGCAACUGGCGUCGGGGCUCCACCGCAGGGGGCUGCAGGAAUUUCCCGAACACCUUCUGGAUGAACCCCCAGUACGUGAUCAAGCUGGAGGAAGAGGACGAGGACCAGGAGGACGGGGAGAGCGGCUGCACCUUCCUGGUGGGCCUCAUCCAGAAGCACCGGCGGCGGCAGAGGAAGAUGGGCGAGGACAUGCACACCAUUGGCUUUGGCAUCUAUGAGGUCCCAGAGGAGUUGAUGGGACAGACCAACAUCCACCUCAGCAAAAAGUUCUUCCUGACGAACAGAGCGAGGGAGCGGUCAGACACCUACAUCAACCUGCGGGAGGUGCUCAACCGCUUCAAGCUGCCCCCUGGGGAGUACAUCGUGGUGCCCUCCACCUUUGAGCCCAACAAGGACGGGGAUUUCUGCAUCCGGGUCUUUUCUGAGAAGAAGGCCGACUACCAGGUUAUUGAUGAUGAAAUUGAGGCCAACCUGGAAGAGUUUGACAUCAGCGAGGACGACAUUGAUGAUGGAUUCAGGAAUUUGUUUGCCCAGCUGGCGGGGGAGGAUGCAGAGAUUUCCGCCUUUGAGCUGCAGACCAUCCUGAAACGAGUCCUAGCCAGGCGCCAAGAUAUCAAGACAGAUGGGUUCAGCAUCGAGACCUGCAAGAUCAUGGUAGACAUGCUGGAUUCGGAUGGGAGUGGCAAGUUGGGGCUGAAGGAGUUCUACAUUCUCUGGAAAAAGAUUCAGAACUACCAAAAAAUUUACCGUGAAAUCGAUGUGGAUAAGUCUGGUACCAUGAACUCCUAUGAGAUGCGGAAGGCUUUAGAAGAAGCAGGUUUCAAGCUGCCCCGUCAACUCCAUCAAGUCAUCGUUGCCCGGUUUGCAGAUGACGAGCUUGUCAUCGACUUUAAUAACUUUGUUAAGUGUUUGGUUCGACUGGAAACACUCUUCAAGAUAUUUAAGCAGCUGGAUCCCGAGAACACUGGCACAAUAGCGCUCGACCUUAUCUCUUGGCUCUGUUUUUCGGUACUCUGAAGUGAUCGCUACUCUGCUUGAAGACUUCACAUAAGGAAAAUCAGCCAUGGACUGAGCUUCCACAGAAACUUUUUAUCUGGACGUUGAAAUUAUGGGAACAUUUACUUAAACUGAUGAUUAUAGCUAAAAAUGAUACUAUUUGAGAUAGCAGAGAUUUCAGAUAUCAAAGUAAAAGAUUUACAUAUCAUUAAGUGACCCACUGAACCCUUGGUAUGUUUAAAGACAACUUUACAUCUGUAAAUAGUAUAUUCUUUUUACUUUUACACACUUUCCUGUUAUAGCAAUAUUAAAUAAGGAGGAAUUGCGGGGAGGUAUUUAACUGCUGAGCAAACAUUAGGUCAGCCUCAAAGGACCUUGCUGGGAAUAUUUAAAGCCACUUCAAGUUUAAAAAUGCAGCUUUGGCAUUUCCCAAACAGCAGUCUAGGGCUGAUGACCUUUCCCCCCCACCAAAGUGGAGAACAGGGCUCAUCCUGACUAAGCUCCCUGGGGCACAAGCAGUGGAGAUGAACCUGGUUAGUGAAGAAAAUCACUUGUUAAACCAAGUCCUUGACCACAUCUGGUCCAACACAGUGUUAUAAAUACCAAAGAGAUUCCACUCUCCAUCAACUGAAGCAAAAUUAGCAACAUCAGGCACCCCGUUUGCCUUUGAUGUGAUGAAAGACAAAACAAGCUGUUUGCUGCCCGCCUCAGCACUACCUGAGCUUCUCCAUGUGCAUGGACUGGGGGGACAUUAUGACAGAGAAACUGCAAAGGCCACCCAAGAUCUCCUGGCUUUAGCUUGGGGAAAUGCUAGCAACAUUAUAAAAAUAUUACCUUGUUGCCUUAUCUUCUUCCAAAUGUACUGUUGAAUAAAGAGUUGCCCUGGGCAAUCA